UCUCCAUCCAAGAGGGAUGUUGUGUAGUAAGUGAAGGGGGCGGAGGGUGCAGCUCUCUGCUACUACGUCAGUGUACAUCACAGGGGCACACAGGAUUUUGCUUCAUGUACUCCGGGGUGACUCCCUGCACGGAAAAAAAGCGAAUCCCGGUCACCCCUAAAACGCGCCGACAUUAGCACCAAAAAAGGAUUUGGUAUCCGAGUGCACGCUGGCCACAGACCAGCAGUGCAGUGGAGCAGGGAGCUGUCUGCGGUGCUGAAUUCAUCAGCUAACAGAAAAUCCCCCAGUGCACACUCAUGUGCUUGGGCCGCUCCUGAUAGCUCCCAUUCCUAGCAGUAACUGACCACCACCUCCACAUCCAAGAUGGACGACGACACGCGCUACAGAGACGGGCGCUCAGACUUUGUCCGCGGCGCCAAGGACAUCGCCAAAGUGGCCAAAAAACAGGUCGGCAAGAAGAUGGGACGCGGCGCGGACAAAGUGGCCGACGAGUACACCAAGCGCUCCUACAAACGCUUUGAGGAGGAAGAUGAUGAUGAAGACUACGCCGGCGUGCCAGGCAACGACGGCGGGUAUUAUCGCAAUGACAGCCGGGCCAAUGACGACGAAGGUCACAGCGACUCCACUGAAGGACAUGACGAGGACGACGAGAUCUAUGAAGGUGAGUACCAGGGGAUCCCGAGGGCUGACUCGGGCAAGGCCGGCGGCAUGGAUGGGGUGACGGACGCCCAGGCGCCGCAGUUAAGGGAUCUGUCGGCCUACGAGGCCGAGAGGAGGAAAGACCAGGAGGAGCUGGCCCAGCAGUACGAGACCAUCCUGCAGGAGUGCGGCCACGGGAAGUUCCAGUGGACGCUCUACUUUGUCCUGGGGCUGGCGUUGAUGGCGGAUGGCGUGGAGAUCUUUGUGGUCGGCUUCGUGCUGCCCAGCGCAGAGAAGGACAUGUGUCUAUCUGAGCCCAACAAGGGCAUGCUGGGUCUGAUCGUGUACCUGGGGAUGAUGGUCGGGGCCUUCGUGUGGGGCGGCCUGGCCGAUCGGAUUGGCCGACGGCAGACCCUCCUCAUCUCCCUCUCCAUCAACAGCGUGUUUGCCUUCUUCUCGUCCUUCGUCCAGGGCUACGUCUCCUUCCUCUUCUGCCGCCUGGCCUCUGGUGUGGGCAUCGGCGGCUCCAUCCCCAUUGUGUUUUCCUAUUACUCUGAGUUCCUGGCCCAGGAGAAGCGAGGAGAACAUCUGAGCUGGCUCUGCAUGUUCUGGAUGAUCGGUGGUAUCUACGCCUCCGCCAUGGCCUGGGCCAUCAUCCCACACUACGGCUGGAGUUUCCAGAUGGGCUCGGCCUACCAAUUCCACAGCUGGCGCGUCUUUGUGAUGGUGUGUGCCUUACCCUCUGUGGCGGCCAUCUCUGCCCUCACCACCAUGCCCGAGAGCCCUCGCUUCUACCUGGAGAAUGGGAAACAUGACGAGGCGUGGAUGAUUCUGAAGCAGGUCCACGACACCAACAUGAGGGCCAAGGGUUACCCAGAGAGGGUCUUCUCUGUGACCACCAUCAAAACAGUGAAGCCGAUGGAUGACCUGGUGAACUUGGGAGACGGUGCCGCCUGGCAUCAGAAAUGGAGGAUCAAGCUCACUACACUUUUCCAUCAGGUGUGGCAUAAUUUCCAGGCUGUUUUCUCCCCCGAGUACCGCCGCACCACCUACAUGAUGAUGGCCGUGUGGUUCUCUAUGUCCUUCAGCUACUACGGUCUGACGGUGUGGUUCCCCGACAUGAUCAAGUACCUGCAGAAGCAGGAGUACGCCUCGCGCACCAGGUUUUUUGCCAAGGAGAAAGUCGAACACGUCACCUUUAACUUCACCCUGGAAAACCAGGUCCACCGGCAGGGAGAGUACUUCAACGACAAGUUUAUGAACCUGAAACUGAGAUCCAUGGUGUUUGAGGACUCGCUGUUUGAGGAGUGUUACUUUGAAGACAUCACCUCCAGCAACACCUUCUUCAAGAACUGCACCUUCAUCGCCACCCUCUUCUACAACACAGAUCUCUUCAAGUACAGGUUGGUCAACUGCAAGCUCAUCAACAGCACCUUCCUGCACAACAAAGAAGGCUGCCUGCUCAGUGACGUCAGUGACGAGAACAACGCCUACAUGGUCUACUUCGUCAGUUUCCUGGGCACCUUGGCCGUGUUGCCCGGCAACAUUGUCUCCGCGUUGCUCAUGGACAAGAUUGGACGGCUGAGGAUGCUAGCGGGCUCCAGUGUGAUCUCUUGCAUCAGCUGUUUCUUCCUCUCCUUUGGCAACAGCGAGUCAGCCAUGAUUGCUCUGCUCUGCCUGUUCGGGGGAAUCAGCAUCGCUUCCUGGAACGCCCUGGAUGUGCUUACCGUCGAGCUCUACCCCUCUGACAAGAGAACCACGGCGUUUGGCUUCCUCAACGCCCUCUGUAAAUUAGCGGCUGUUUUAGGCAUAAGCAUCUUUACCUCCUUCGUUGGUAUCACCAAGGCUGUGCCCAUCAUGUUUGCCUCGGGGGCGCUGGCGGCGGGCAGCUUUCUUGCCCUCAAAUUACCAGAGACGCGGGGUCAGGUGCUGAAAUAGUGUGACGUCAACAACUUUCCGGAGGGAGGGGGCCAGAGGAGUUUUCACCACACUGUGAACGAACAGCUAAAGAGCCCUCCAAAUCCUUCCCUCUAACCCCUCUCUCAUAACGAUAGAGAAAACGCAGAAGAGCGACGCAGAUCUGCCGUAAAUAUUUGGAAUUGGUGAUUAUUAGAUAGGCCUGAUUUAAAGGUUGAGCUGAGACAAAAGUAAAAGAGUAACAAAAGUGAUAUUAACCUGUUCAGUGAGAGCAUGACAUUUCAGCCCCCUGGAAUAUAAUAGUAAAUUUAGAUGCGGUCCCCUAAUAUAAGUACAUAAACCUGGGGUUCGAGGUCAGGGGAUGGGGGUUCUUGAUAAUGAGCCAUGCAAAUAGACUAAUAGAAAUGACCACUAGCCAUUGUUGCAGAGUUCCCUGUAGUCACCUCUAUUCUUCUGAGCAAAUUCAACUCACCAUCAAGUCUUGAGUACUUCGCCAUUGUUGGACAUAGAAUCAAAAAUCAAAAAUGCGACAUUUUAUACCUUGAUUUUGCAGGGUAAAACCAAGAGACAACUCUCUUGGCAAAGACCUGUCCUCAUUCUUUAUCUCCUGAGGUCUUGUGUUGGUGAUCAGACUAACUGCCAUUUUAUAGAUUAUAGAACAUUCCAGGUUUGCUUUUGCUAUUGUUAAGAGUGCGACGAGGAGAUCAAUCGAGCCCCAUCUCCCUUUAAAGCGUUGUUUCCGAUCACCUCCAAACAGCAGUGCGAUCAUUCAAACCAGUUAAUGGAGACGUUCCCCAUGCCAAGUGGAAAUUGUGUGCUGUCAUGAUCACCAUUUCCUCGCAAAGAUUAAGCAGUUUGUUACAUUUAAAGCACAACCAUUUGCCGGUGUGAAUGCCCCUAACAUUUUCUUGACCUGAUGAAAAUGUUAAGAUUCUCAUACUCAGUCACCAUUUUUCAAUCAUACUGUAUAUCCCUUUGUAAGAAAUGCCUUUUUAGUACCUCUCCUCCCAGGCUUACAGUAUGUUUGUCUCUAAUGAUAUAUGUUUUGGAGGGUGUUAUGCAUGUUACAAAGUAUGUAUGUAUGUAAAUUUGUGAAAACUGAGUACAACAUGGAAACAGCGUAAGGGACAAGUUCGUUCAUCCAUUAGUCUGGCUCAAGUCCCCAUAAUAUCUUUGACUUUUCCUGCACACAAAAGACAACACAGUGCUUUUAUUCUGCUGUUGGCAUAGCAGGGACACCAUGAAAGUUGAUGAACCCAAACUGUCCCUUAGAGCACAUACUACAGGAUGAUCUCAAGAUGAAAGUGUCCCUUUAUUACCUUAAAUCAUACACACACGUGGAGGAAAAACAGGUAACCACAAGAGACAAAAAGGCUACUCUUUUAGUUUUAAAGGCUUCAGUGCAGGUGUGCGAGAGAUGACGGAUAAACUAUAACCUAAUCGUUUGUGUGAACUGAAUGUUUCUAUUAAUGUGAGCGUGCUUCUUAGUGCAAUAUUGAACCUCCGUGCAAUAUUGGGAUUUUAACUUAUUUUUUAAUGUCUUUUACCAUUUCAUAUUUGGCAAGCAACUUUCUGAUUUGUGAACGUUUGUGGGGUAGAUGUAUUUUAUUGAUAACUGAACAUGGCAGGAAAACAUACAGGACUUAAACUGUUUGUUUUUUUUUUGCUCUUGGAUGAAGACAGGCUGAUAAGUUAUAUUUUAGCAUCAGUAGAGUCAACACAAAAAUUGUUGGAAAAUACUGCACCCAAAGUGGAGUUGUUUUAUUUUAAAUUCUCCUAAUUUGGGAUGUCCUUGGGGCACAUACCAUGUUGAACAGUGAGGAUUAAUUGGCAGUGGGAAUUAUUCUGCUAAUGAGGGUCUGGAUUUUGAGUGCAUUUGAGACUUGUGUUUACUUGUGCUUUAUUAUACACAUUUAGCUAGAUAUAAGACGAGAACCACCGUAGGGCUGAUUUGUCAUGUAUCCCACACUGGUAACAGCACAGAGUGUUGGUGAAUAUUAUCGCCACAUUCCCCCCUGAUCUAGAAAAGCAAGGGUGAUGUGUUCACAAUUGCUUGCUGAAAGAAAGAAGAAAAAAAAUCAUGAACAUGUCAGAUUAACAAAAACGUUUUUGCCCAAACUGCCAUUUUGUAGGAUAGCAGCCAUACGUAGACUCAAGACAGUUGAAUAAAUAGACAACCCAUUGCACUAAAUGUACACCGUCGUACAUGCACAAUUGUGAAGGCCUUGAGUUCUUCAAGACGCAAUCGGAUGCCGCCUUGCUACUGAUUUCAUGGAGAACAAGGUGGGCGUUUAGCAAGAGCACAAAGACCAAAACCUACCAAGUGACAAGAUCAUGAACACGAGUGCAGUUGUGAACAUAAUAUAGGCGCUUCGAGCUUUGAAGACACGCCCCUUUGAAUAUCGCUCCCUCCGCCUCACACUGAUCCAACUCCAAAUUCUACAUCUGACCCAUUAUCUUUGUGUGUGCCAUGAGUACCACCUCUCAUUAAUUAUUGCCAAAUAUUUUGUAUGGCCUGAGUUUAUACAUUACACCAUCAAUUGUCUGUAAUAUAUAUGAAUAUAUGUAAAUAGAAGUACUUAUAAUGUAACUAAUACGAUCUUCAAACCUUUUUACCCCCCCUGGAAAUAGAUUGCAGUCAGUGUUUGUAGGUCUUCAGCCAACUACUGGACUUAUUAUGGUGAUGCAGACUUCUCACAAGAGUCCAGGUGUUUUCUCCUGUUUUGAAGCUGCAAUAAAUGAUGGCUUCAGAAGCCAAAAUGACCAACAAGUCAGGAAACAAAAUUUGCCCAGAUUCCCUCUCAAGAGCACAAUAGUAGUAUAUAAAUGGACAUUAACUGUACUAAAAGCUGCGCGUCAGCGGUCCUAUUCUCUGUAUGUCGUCCUGUAUCACCCAUGAAAUUUAAGAACAACGAUGUCAAGAUAACUGUUGUACUUGUUCAACAUGGAAUGCUGUUAAAGCACUAACCUGUCUCAGUGACUCGGUUCAGGCUCCGUCCAAGUUCAAAUCGUCUCUCGUAGAUACAUAUCUUAGCUUAUGUUACAGGGUUUUUUUGUAUAAUUAACUUGUUGCCUGAGCAACGGUCAAUCGUGAGUGCAAAAAGUUUAACAAAGCAAUAAGUGUUUGGGUAUUUGUCUUUUAUUCUCUUCUUUGAAGCUAUUGGGAAUUGGAGGACAUUACUAUAAGCUGGCCUUGUCAACUAAAAUGCUGUGUGUUGGCUUAAUAAUGACACAGGACUCUUAACAGCGAACAUCCGUGUGUACUCUCUAAAACAGCCCGGAGUCUUGAGGCUUUUGUCAAUAAGAUUGCAUUGCCAUUAAUUAAAUGUAACAAGGAAUUUAUCACCUUUGUCAUUGUACUGUGCUGUAGAAACUGUAGUUGAUUGUUUGUGAGUAUAGAAAAUGUUUAAGGAACCAUGAAUAUAACAAAAAGGUAUAAAAAGAAGUGUAAAUGAACAAUGCUGUAUGUUGUCUUUGAUUUUGUGUAUUUUGUAAAUGAGAAUGAAAUAUAAGUAAAUACAUCAAUGUUAAAUACCGGUUAUGAAUCAUAGUUAGCCUAAAUGUGACAACAUCAGUUCUGUUAAAAGGUGUGAGAUUUUUUCUUAUAUUUUCUCAUUGUUGAUUUUUGAUUGGGUUUGCACUACGCUGUGCAACUGACCCCUUUGGAAUCACAAUGGAUAACAAAGAACCAUGAAAUAAACAAAAAA